CUGUGCAUCCGCUCCUCGAAACUCGACCACACCUUCGAUCCUUCAUCGCCGCCCUCGAUCCUGCAGCGUCGCUCGGCGGACAGAUCCCAAUUGUCAACCCAGCUGCCAUGAUGGAGAUCGACCAGCCCGAGGACAGCGUCGCAUUCGAACGGAUCACACUGCCGUACGCAUCGCACGACGAUCGAUUCGUCGUCAAGGAUCCAACGUUUACGCAGCAGUAUGCCGGCUUGUACUUUAGCCGCCUGAAUGCGCUCCGCCCCGCCGUGCUUCAGAACGCAAGGGCAAAGUGGCAGAAGCUGCAUGGCACAAGCCAGGCACCCAAGUACGUUCCGAAACUGCUGGACAUCACUGCGGGUGAAAUCUGCUACGCCAUCGGCACCGUCUAUGUUGAAAUGUCUCUGAAGCCCAACGUCCUUGAGGAAGUCGCAGACGAGAGCUGGGAGACUGCAGCCGAAGCCAGAUCGAAAUAUGUGAGCCAAGACGACCAGAUCACUCUCGAAGAUGAGUCAGGGCGAGUGAAUCUCACCGGAUCGAGACUGUCUGACGAGCACCUGGUGACGGGCACUGUGGUCGCUGUUCUGGGUCGCGAAGUUCCUGGCGGAAGCUUUGAAGUGCUCUCGGUGUGCUGUGCCAAGCUGCAGCCGCAGAAACAGAUCACCCAGCUUCCGGAGAACUCGCCAAUGGUUGCCUUUGUGUCGGGGCUUAACUUUGGAGAAGCCGACAACCGCGAGCAUGCGAUCCAGAUGAUGGUCGAUUACCUUACCGGAGAGCUGGGAACACUCGAGGACCAACGACGGGCAUCGAGGAUCGUGCGUGUCGUGAUCGCCGGCAACACCUUUGCCCGCAAGAAGAGUGACAAGAUCAAGAAGCUGGGCCGAAGAGCCGAGGCCAUCCAGUUUGACCAGCAGCCGUUCGAUACAUGCGAUGCGCUGCUGGGCGAGCUGGUCAGCUCGGUACCACUGGAUAUCAUGUCGGGCGACACCGACCCAACCAACUGUGCCCUACCGCAGCAGGCUCUGCACUUUUCCAUCUUCCCCAAGGCCUGCCGGGUGUCGAACCUGAACACGGCAACGAAUCCGCACAGCUUUUCGAUCGGGGACAUCACGUUUCUGGGAACGUCAGGACAGAACAUUGACGACAUUUACAAGUUUGUGGACCUGGAGGACCGCCUGAAGAUUGCCGAGAAGACAAUCGAGUGGGGCCAUCUUGCGCCGACGGCACCGGACACGCUGUGGUGCUACCCAUACAAGGACCGCGAUCCGUUCAUCGUCCAACAGCGCCCGCAUGUCUAUUUCGUCGGCAAUCAGCCGUCGUUCGCGACGUCGUUCAUGGAAGGACCCAAUGGCGAAGUGACCCGCGUGGUCUUGCUGCCCGAGUUCAGCAAGACGGCGACGAUUGUUCUGGUUGACCUGAACUCGCUGGACUGCAUCCCCGUCCGGUUCCAGGAGGGCUUGCAGUAACGCAUCUGUCUGGGAAUGGCCGUCGAGGCCGGCGAAGGCGACAACAGCACCAGGGCCUCAGCGCCAGCAUCUCCCAACACGGUGCUUGCCAGGCCGCCAUCGACACCGUUACUUGGCGGGUGGAGGCUGGGCAGAACAAGGUCGGCUUGGUGCGCUGGGACACAUCCCGGCCGGCCCCGUCGCAUCUUGCUCUUUCGCGCAGAGCACAAAUGCAGCCUCUGGGGCGCACAGCCCCACCCCGGCGCCACAGCAACCCCCGUCGCCAGGGGAAGGUCCGCAAGGAGAAGGGAGGCGCGCCAACGGCGAGAGCCCCCUCGCCACGACGAGGCGCCAGCGAGAGGCAAGCGAGACGGAGCGAGGUCCGCAGGAAACAGCCCGCAAUCCAGCUCAUCUUGGCCCGCAGCC